AUGAUUGAAGAAGCCGGUGAAGUUGGUCUCCUCAAGACCCAGGCUUGCCUGCUGGUCAUGGUGUGUCUAUGGCCAUUGGCAGAGCAAGCUCUGGCAACCCCGUACCCGCAGGGUGAGCUGAGGUCCAUCAGCAGGGAGGAAAAGAAAUGCCAGCCAGGUCCUGAAGGCAGCCACAAAUGUGCCUACAAAUGUGUAGGCACGGAGGACGAGGACUGCAAAUGCCAUCCAGGAUACAGCUGUGCUGAUAGAUCAUGUCUCUACUGCAAAAAACUGCCUGAAUGUGCAGAGGGAGAGGAGCUGGUUAAGCUUGGCAGUAUAGACUUCACAUUCAAGUGUGAACCAUGCAAGGCAGGAACAUAUUCUAAUGUCAAGAAUAGCUGGUGCCGUAGCUGGACUGACUGUGAAAGCUCUGGAUUUCUAACAAUCAAGCCAGGCAACCGUACCCAUAACGUUGUAUGUGGUUUCCCUGUAAAAGAUUUGAUGCAAGUUCUUAACAUAAGUGAGUCUUUGUACACCACGACUCUGGCCAUUCUUACUGCGGUAGCUGUGUCUGUGCUCAUCCAGUUGACCCUCUUCUUGCACUUCUGCCUAUGGUCGCUGAAAAGAGAAAAACACCACGUAGCUGACAGUCUAGAAUAUAACUUACCUAGGCUCUCGCAUAGCUCACAUCAUAAAGAAGACUCUUACAGCUGCCAGUUCCCAGAGGAAGAACAUGGAUACAAAACCCUUGAAGAAAAGCCUUGCUAUUUUUACCCUCAGAGCCUGCAGUGAAAACAGAAUUGCAAA